AUGAAUACUCGACGUAAUAGAAUGAACCAAAGUGCAUCCGCACGUUCGACAUUAUGUGACUUUUUAAAUCACGUAAAUUACCAUAACCUCAACAAUCUUCCCUACAAUAGUAAUGAAAAUGUACUAGCAGCUCACGCAAGGAACGGUAGAACGACUCAAAUAUUGACAGGAAAGCACAUAAUGAAACAGAAUGUGAAACGUGAAGCUCAUAGGUUACGAUUACGAUCAAAUAAUCGACAAUAUAUAAUCAAGCUAGCGACGGAGGUGAUUUGGAAUUUACGAUGCACACAAACUCAAAGGCAGAUUUUUAUAAAUUUAGCUAAUAACGCGAAUUCUAUUAAUCAAAGUGUGACGCCAGUUAACAACAAUGAUACCCUUGAUCGGAUUGCAAGAAUAAAUACUCCACAGGCGGCCAUCAAUCCUCUUGAGCGAGACCUUUUUAAUGGAA